UGUGCCUCUAUGGUUAUUGGUUAUCUCCGGUUUUUGAUACUUUCGCAGUCUGUGGUUGGCUUGUUUGGAUUCGAAUUUCCAACUUUUUAUCGGCGACAAACAGCGUGCGAAAUUUUAUCCGUUGUCGUCUGACGUCUAGCGUAAAAUGCCGUACGCCAACCAGCCUUCCGUCCACGUUUCAGAUUUGACGGACGAGAAUGUCAAAUUCUACAUAGAAGAUACAGAACUAAGUGUUGCGAAUAGUCUUAGAAGGGUGUUUAUCGCUGAAACUCCCACCUUGGCAAUUGAUUGGGUUCAGCUCGAGGCUAAUUCAACUGUGUUGAGCGAUGAGUUUAUCGCCUCCAGGGUUGGCCUGAUCCCUUUGACAUCAGAUGAUGUCGUAGACAAAUUAAUAUAUUCAAGAGACUGUUCAUGUCCAGACUUUUGCACAGAUUGCAGCGUUGAAUUCAAUCUCGACGUCAAAUGUGUCGAUGAUCAAACCAGGCAUGUCACGACGGCAGAUCUCAAAACGACAAACUCAAUGGUCGUUCCAGCGACGAGCAAAAACAAAGAUGCAGACGCCAACGAGUAUGGAGAAUCUGAUGAUAUUCUUAUUGUGAAACUUAGAAAAGGACAGGAAUUGAAAUUUAGAGCAUACGCGAAAAAGGGGUUUGGCAAAGAGCAUGCAAAAUGGAACCCAACGGCUGGAGUUUGUUUUGAAUAUGAUCCAGAUAACUCGAUGAGGCAUACGCUGUUCCCCAAACCGGACGAAUGGCCAAAGAGCGAAUAUACAGAGCUGGAUGAUGAACAAUUUGAGGCCCCUUUCAAUUGGGAGGCUAAACCAAAUAAAUUUUUCUUCAAUGUCGAAAGCUGUGGAUCUCUCAGGCCAGAGACAAUUGUCACGAAAGGAGUUGAAAUUUUAAAAGGGAAAUUAUCAGAUUUGCUUACACAAUUGACCCAACCGGACCCGGAACCAACAAAUCCAGCAGAAUUUUAAAUUUUAUUUGUAUUUUUUUUACUUAUUAAAUUACUUUUAAGCAAUA